AUGUUUGACGAUUCACGAACAAAAGCUCGCGAUUUUCUUGAAUCGUCGUCUAUUGUAUCUGAACUUGAAGAUGUUCUCAAUCAUCUUGUUUUCGAAAAGCCCGAUGAUCUUCACGGUUAUCUUGCAAAUCAUUUUUUGGGUCAAAGCAAACAACCACAAAUUGUUAAUUUGACAUUCAGACAAUUAAUAGGUCCUGCUAGUGAAGCAGCAAUGAAUAUUGAUCUUACUAUUGCACUUAGAAAUAGAACUGAACGACAUCGAGGACUUACAGUAAAUUUAUUACCAGGUAAAUCUCAUAAAAAUAUGGCCAAACAAUUAGAAGAUUUGGCCAAUUCAGCAUCACUAAUGACAUUUCUUAAUCGAAUUGACUUAUACGAUCAAACAGCAAUUGAUGAACACCUUGUGGAUUUCCGUUCAAAGCGUUCGUCUGAAAUGGCAAAAAUAUUAGCAGUUGAGUCUGAAAAUUCAAAUAGUGAAUCUACUGCUACUGCCACAUCAACAAAAACACCCAAUAGUACACGUGGACCUGCGAGUGCUGGUGGAAUUAAGGGCGGUACAGCUCCUCCACCAAGUAAAAAAGCUAUGAGUAAAGAUAUUCAAUCGAUUGAGAUUCUUGCCGAUGAACCAGAACCAUUAUCAUAUGCCGGUCAACUAUUGACAACAGGUAUAUCAUUAACAUGUCUUUUACUUACUGCUCAACUACAACAAUCAAAUUUAUUUCGCCUUAUACAACUUCCAUCGAUUACUAAUCUUUCCAUGCCAUUACCAAUCAUACCUAUUCUUCAAAGCGGACCAACAUGUCCGGGUAAACAAGCACUCAUUAAAUAUUUUAUGCUUAUUCCAACGCCCAAUGUUACACACAAUGACGAGUGGAUCCAUAAAGUACAUAAUAUUAUUCAAUUUCUACGUGAUUCAUUAGCAAGUACAAAAAGUGCAACUCUUCAGUCAACAUUUUCUACUGAUGAUGGUUGUCUUGUUUUUCCCAUGGAUAAACCCGAACAAGGAUUUGAUUUACUUCAAAAUGCUGUCAAUACUGUAUGUGGCACUGAUGAGCACUACUUUGAUUAUGCCGUACAAAUGGGACCGUAUGAAACAUUUGAUUAUAUCAGGGGACGAUAUGAAGUAGCGACUGGUUUAUUAAAAACACCCGACGAAUUAGUUGAUACUUAUGCUGAUUGGAUUGAAGCUUAUCCUCGUUGUAUUAUGCUGAUUGAUCCUUUUCGAUAUGCUGAUAAACCAUCCUUAUCUCGUUUAUGCGAUCGAGUAUCAAAUAAAUGCUACGUAACAUCAACCGAUAUACGUCGUUAUCGAAACGAAAAUAAUAAUGAUGAUGAUCAAAAUACAAUUAAUUGUCAUUUGUUAUCCUUAGAUAGUGGUCCAACAAUGACUGAGUUCAUACAACAAGCAAAUGCAUUGCGUGAAACUAAUGGCUAUGCCUUGGGAUUAUUUGAAAGAGAUCAUCAAGAAGUUGCGCAAGUUCAUUUAGCAGAUAUGGCUGUUGGUUUCGGGUGUCGCUUUAUCAAGCUUCCAGGUUUUCUUUCAUUAGGUGGCCAACGAACAUCUGCUAUACUUCAACGUCUUUCUAUAAUUCGGGAUGAAAUCGAAACCAACGAUGGCGAUCAAUUGGAAUGGCCUAAACAGCAUGAAUUCAUCCAUAUUCGAUCGUCCAUUGAUACAACGGAAUCAGAAACAAUUGUUUCGCCGACUCCUACGAAUGCGAAAACUAAAGACAAGAAAAAACGGCCCUAA